CAGAUGGGGCUGGCUUAUAUGCGGAAGUAUCAGUUCCGCUCAGUCCAGUAGACUUCGAGAACAGACGGACUAAAGUCACGCUUCUCUCUCUCUGCACACCAUACCCGGCUUCACAAGGCAAGGUGAAUCAUGAGCAGCAGCUACAGCGUCUCCCUGGCUGGCCCUGCCCCCUGGGGCUUCAGACUGCAAGGAGGGAAGGACUUCUGUCUGCCCCUCACCAUCUCACGGCUGAAUGAUGGAGGCAAGGCAGCCAAAGCCAAGAUGAGUGUCGGAGACAUCAUCCUGUCCAUUAAUGGCAUUUCCACGGACGGCAUGAAUCACCUCGAGGCCCAGAACAAGAUUAAGGCCUGCACAGGCAAUCUCAGCCUCACUCUCCAGAGACCCUCCAGUACCCCUAAAGAUGGAGUACAUAAGGACGAACCUCAGGAAAUCAUUAAGCCUGUCCCAAUCACUCACGCUGCCCCGAGCACAGCAUACACCAAGCCAUCAAGUCAGCCCGGCCCUGCAUACAAUAAGACCGCCCGGCCUUUUGGGGGGGACAGCGGUGCGGUCACAGCUUCCUCCCCGGCUGCCCCCUCUAUUCCCUCACAAUCAUCCGCUUUCAAGCCAGCUGCCCCUUCUCAACCAGCACAGCCUCCAUUUCUGCUGAAGUCAAGCCUCCCUGCCCCGGACUCGGCUCCAGCCAACUCACUUCCCAGGCCCAGCCCUUCUCGCUCCACCUUCACCUCCCCGUCUGCCUCUUCCUCCUCAUCUAACUCCUCCUCUCCAGCCAGAGUGAUAGCCCCGUCCUCCCAUCCUAAUGUCCCACAGCCCUCCGUCUAUAACACUCCCAUCAACCUCUACUCCAAUAACAAUGCUUGUGAGGUGGUCAUUGGACAGAGACGAGGUCUUCUGGAGAGCCAGGGGCUGUCAGAGCACUUCAAUGGGAAACCUAAUGCGGAGCCCGAGGAUCAUGCGUCCGCACUGAGCGACGGAAGGAAGCGUCUGAUCGAGGACACGGAGGACUGGCACCCUCGAACCGGCACCUCCCAGUCCCGCUCCUUCCGUAUCCUGGCCCAGCUCACCGGCACUGAAAAUGAGCAAGCGCCAGAGAACGGUGGAAAGAAUGAGGCAGUUGACAAGACCACUCCCGCUGUGCACACCUCGCCUGCAGCGAAAACAUUUUCCAAAUCUGCAGCCUCACCCAGGAAUGGCAACGGCGUCCCUGCUCCCACGUUCAAGAGCCCGGCAGCCCAGACAAAGCCUUCCUUCCAGCCUGGAGGUCCACCAGGUUUUCCUAAGGGUGGAGCAACUCCUUCAUUUGGCAAAGUUACCAACGCUGCUCCCAGAGGUCCAGACCGGCCCACCCCACAGCCACACCCACAGGACCUCAACUCUCUGGUGCAGCGGGCAGAGCACAUCCCAGCCGGGACACGCACCCCAAUGUGCAAUCAAUGCAACAACGUCAUCAGGGGCCCAUUCCUCGUGGCCAUGGGCAUGUCAUGGCACCCCGAGGAAUUCAACUGUGCUCACUGCCACUCCUCCCUGGCAGUCGGGGGGUUUGUGGAGGAGAAGGGCAAGGUGUACUGCGAACGCUGCUACGAGCAGUACCUCGCUCCCACCUGCGGCCGCUGUCAGCAGAAGAUUCUGGGGGAAGUCAUGAAUGCCCUGAAACAGACCUGGCAUGUGUCAUGUUUUGUCUGUGCCGCCUGCCAACAGCCAAUCAAGGGCAACACUUUUCACAUGGAGGAUGGACAGCCGUACUGUGAAAAAGACUACUACAACCUGUUUGGGGCCAACUGCCACGGAUGUGACUUCCCCAUCGAGGCCGGGGACAAGUUCCUGGAUGCUCUGGGAUUCACCUGGCAUGACACCUGCUUUGUGUGUGCGGUCUGCUCUGCCAGUCUGGAAGGUCAGGCGUUCUUCUCCAAAAAAGACAAGCCGUUGUGCAAGAAACAUGCCCACACAGCAAACAUCUGACUUGCCUCCCAUGAAUAUGAGAUGUUAAAUAUUUUCAGAAUUAUUUUCAGAACUAACAGUGGGUCAAAGGUUCCCAUAUAAACGUUAUUGUUGCUCUAACAUGGUUACGUCAAUCAGUUUUAGAGAUGCAUAUGCAGGAGUACAUUUCACAGUGUUUGUGCUGAGCUUUUUGUUUGUGCUUUUUUAAUUUGCUCUUGAUGGGCGUUUGUUUCACACAGAAUAAGAUAGUUUACUGCAAUGACCUACUGAGCCCCUCGGGGGUCACAUAUUGGAAGCAAAUAUUGAUGUGACAAGGUAUGCUAUUAGUAACACGAGUGAAAGGUUUAGAAAUUAUGAUUAUUUAACAUUAAGGGGGAAAAUAUUUAUUUGUAAGCAAACAUUGCUCAGUCCACGUGUUCUGGCAACAAAAAGACUUCUGGCCUUCAGAAUAAAAAUGGGAUUUUUUAAAUAUUAUAUUAUCGUUUUUUUUUUUUAAUUGUUUUAAAGUAAUGUGCUAUGUAUGUAACCAUUCCCAGUAAAUGAAAGCAAACAAAGUAAUGUGUAUAGCAGUGUGUUAAUGUGACACUGUACUGGUCAAGAGGACUCCAUAAUAGAUUGAUUAGUGUUGUUUAUGUAUGUGUUGCCUAUAGUUCAGGGACAAACGCAUGCUUUCAGUGAAUACCCACAUGAAACUGUACGAGUAAAAUAAUUCAUAUAAUUUUAAUUAUAUUUCACUGUUUGUCUUUAACAUUGAGCAACUAAUGUUGUCGGCUGUGGCAGGACUUUGUCAUCUUGAAUUUGUUCCCACUGAUAAUGUUUGAUGGAAUUUGUUUAAUUAACACAAAACAAUAUAUAUAUAUAUAUAU